GGAGAGGCAGGCAGGCAUCAGCACGGGGACAAGUUGACGGCAACAAGGCGCAGUUCAUUCAUUUUUACACUAGCAGGCAUGCUUCAUGGAGACACCAGCACUCCUGCCGCCGUCUGGACACACACUUGUCUCACUUUCCUCAGCCUCUUUCUGAACUUUUCACGGCAAUAACACUAUGGACCCGCUAUGGACGGACACCGGCGCUCCGGUACGGCAUGCAAAUACGUACUCUGACGUCGGCGAUCAUGUGGCUUUUGGCGUAGAUCCUCCUUGUGAUCGCCAAUUUUUUCUUUCCUGUCGCCUGUUGUCUGCUCGGGUUAUUGGACCGCCGUGAGAGUGUUCAAAACACAUUUGGCUCGUUUGUGUGUUCAGCAGUCGCUUUGGGAUUGUACCGCACUACCUGAGCAUCGCGCCAAAACGGUGGGCAGGUAGCAUACUGUCAUGCAGUUCCAGGAGGUCUGCCAGCACUGGAGCUGACACUGUCAGCGAGCCCGGCCUACUCUACGCUACAACAGUCCCAUCUUUACCAGACCUUCACCUUCCUCUGCUCUCCGCUCGCUCCAGCCACUAAUCUUCCCCCAGGGGACCACUGUUCUUCAGACUCCUUAGCUGCUCACUUCCAUCCCAGAAACUGUCCUGUGCUCGCUACUUCUCCGAAAAGAGAGCCUGGGCCUGUAUCAGGCUUCUAGUAUAAGCCAGGCCCCCUGGCUAUUCUUCGCCGCCUGAGAUUGUUUAUCCACCCACCACUCUGUGACAGUAGUCCUGCAUCCUGGGCACCUCGGCCUCCUUGAUAUCAUCACUGGCCCAGCAAAGGCACCAAGUGAGGGCAGCUGUCCACCUAGACAAACCCAGGAUCCAUCAUCAUGUCCAGUCGACGGAAGGCCUCCACUCCCUUAAUGAUCCGGCCAGAGCAGACCAUGGUGGAGCUGGAUGAUGAUGAAGAGGAGUCACAUGACAUGGAGAGAACAACGGAGAAUUACACAGAGGAGGGACCUAUGGAAACAGAUCUGUCAACAGAGGCAGAGCCCUCUGUGGAGUUGGACCUGAUGGGCAAGGCCUCGGAAACUCCCACGGCUCCAGACAAACCAGCAACCGAGCCACCAGACCUUUCCAAGCCUCAGCGCAGACAGCAGGGGGGCUAUGAGUGUAAAUACUGCCCCUUCUCCACGCAGAACCUCAACACUUUCAAAGAACACGUCGACGCCAACCACCCUAACGUCAUCCUCAAUCCCCUGUAUCUGUGUGCCGUCUGCAACUUCAACACAAAGAAGUUCGACACCCUGACGGAACACAACGAGAGGUGUCACCCAGGGGAGAGCAACUUUAAAUUCAAACGCAUCAAAAUGAACAAUCAGACAAUCUUGGAACAGACAAUAGAGGGGUGCAGUAACAAUGCAGUCAUUUACAACACUUCCAGUGCCAUUUCCGGCAAAGGGGACGAACUGGGCUCACCGCCACUCAGCAAACCCUCCACAGUCAAGAUCGGUAAACCAAAAAUAAUGUCGUCAGAUAUUAAACGGACAGAUUUGGGUAAGCUGACCCCCGAUCUGUCCAAGAAACCAAUCACAGCAGUCAAUGUGAACGGGACGGUCAUCAUCCCUGAGUCGACUCUACUCAAAGCAGAAGGCCUUUCUCACAUCAUGCCUUCCCUACAGCGGCCUCUAAACUAUACUCAGGUGCCGAAGAUCGCAGUGCCCCUCAACACCACCAAAUACAACCCCUCGCUGGACGAUAACCUGACACUCAUCUCUUCCUUUAACAAGUUCCCCUACCCAACCCAGGCUGAGCUCUCCUGGCUCACCGCAGCCUCAAAACAUCCAGAGGAGCAAAUCAAAGUCUGGUUCACCACACAGAGGCUCAAACAGGGCAUCAGCUGGUCACCUGAGGAGGUGGAAGAAGCCAGGAAGAAAAUGUUCAACGGUACCAUCUCCUCUAUGCCUCAGACCUUCACCGUGGUUGCUCCUCAGCUCAACUCCCAAUCGUCCACCAACCAGUCUGCAGCCUCCAAAGCCAUGCAGUCAGCAGCCUCUGUCUUGCAGCCCCUCCCCUGUCACCUCCUGGGGCAGACGAGCCUUGUGCUGACUCCUGUCGCUAACGGCUCCACUGUCACUUGUGCACCGCUGGCACUCACCGUGGCUAACCAGGUGGCACAGUCGCUUAAACGACCCCUGGCCUCCCCAGUGAUCGCCACAGAGAGUAAACGACCCUCCAUCAUUCAAACCAUCUCGGCACCCAUGGCCACAUCCAAGCUGGCGUCAUCCAAAGUGCUGAGUUUCACAGUAGACCCCAACAAAACAGCUGAGCAGCUAACAGUGCUGAGGUCCAGCUACACACAGUGUCCUUUCCCCGAGGAAGAUGAGAUCUACAGGCUGAUAGAGACCACCGGGCUGUCCAGAGGAGAGAUAAAGAAAUGGUUCAGUGAACAGAGGCUCCUUAAUCUCAAAGGCGUUCCUCCACCUCCAGUGCUGGUGAAAGCAGAGGUGACACCAGCACCCAAAGACAGUCCUGUAAAGAAAGCAGUCCCCAGUCAGUUUCCCCUGCUGGAGAGGGUGAAAGGGAAGUCAUCAGAACAGCUGAAGGCGCUGGAGGAGAGUUUUCAGAGAAGCGGCACUCCAACCGAGGCAGCGCUAGACCAGCUGGCCCAGGAGACCAGGCUGUCCAAGACGGAGGUGGACUGCUGGUUUUCGGAGCGCAGGGCGCUGAGGGACAACAUGGAGAAGGCUUUACUCAGUAUGUCUUCAAAGAGCGCAGAGGACAGAGCGGAGCGGCCGGGGGUGCUGCUGAACGGGGCCUCACAUCGAGAGCACAGCGGGAAACCUCUGCGCUCCUCCCCUCAUCCACCUGUCCUCUCCUCUUCUUCCUCCUCCUCCUCCUCCUCAUCCUCCCCUCCUGUGCUCGCAGCCUCCUCCCCUCAUCCACCAGCCCUCUCCUCGUCGGCGUCACCUCCCAUCCUCACUUCAUCGUCCUCCUCUUCUCCCCAUCCUCCCAUCCUGUCAGCCUCCACGAGCCCGGCUCCCAUUUCCAGCCGCUCCCUCACCCUGCUCAAAGAGAUGUUCUGUCGGACUCAGUGGCCAUCUCCUGAGGAGUACAGCCAGCUCGAGGUGCAAACAAGCCUGGGACGCACUGACAUUGUCCGCUGGUUCAAGGACCACCGCUCAGCGCUGAAGAAUGGCGAAACUCUGGACUGGAUGGAAAGUUUCCAAAACCAAAACCUUGCAGAGCAGCAGAAAGCAGGCCAGGAACAGAACGGCCAGAGCUCUGAGAAAAACCAGAGUGUUUCCUUGGACGUCAAAGCUGUGAAAGUGGAGGAGGCUGGUGAGAACACAGCAGCUGCUACAGAGCACUCAAAGCUGUCCGACCAAGACAAAGUCCAGUGGUUGACUGACAGAUUGGCCCACAGUGUGACCGACCUGAGCCGGACCAGACCAGACCAGACCAGCUCUGGUGCUGCUGACAAAGGGAGGUGGGUAAAGGUGACUAUGGCGGUGGGGGAGGAGAGUGAAGCGGGAGUGGAAAGACAGAGGCUGGCAACAGACACUGAAGUUCCGACCUUGGAGCAACCAGGGAGGGUCACUGGUUGAUGGUCGAGUCAUUGACUGCUGAGUCACCAACCGUCAUGCGGCUGACUCAAGAUGACUGAAUGUGGAACCAGUGAUGUAACUGUCUGCCUGUGAUGUCAUCACAAAGCACCGGGGACGUUGGAGUUCCACUGUUAAAACACUGACUGAUGUGCGGUGCAGAUGCUGACAUUAAGAGGAGUGCCAAAGCUGGACUUGAUGCAUUGUUCUUACUACUACACUUUUUUUAUUUUAAGAAGCACCCUUGUAAAUAUUUUUCUGUAUUACAAAAAAAAAGUUUGUACAGUUUUACUGGGAGGGCAAGUUUUGUUACAUUUUUUUAAAAAAAAGUCGUGACUGGUGCCCCGAAACCUGGAAUGUUUUCUUGUCGUCGUCGUUUUAAGAUCAAAGUGUAUGAUAGUCUGUUAUUCGCUGAUAAUCAGUCCUAUUUUUUUGAAAAUCAGACCUGCUCAUUAUGAGUAGUCUUUGAUGGCACUUGCAUAUAUCCCUGUGGUAGUGAUAGAUAUUUACAUGCUAGGCUCAUCAUCUCAAACUGUUAGGAAGCUUUUCCUUUUCUCCUGCAGCGUCACUUCGACUAGCACUCAUAGAAAUACACUGAUGGAGGUGGAAAUCACUUAGAAGUGCUCGAGUGGCAGUUAGACGGUGCAACAGUGUUUUGGGCAAUCUGAACACACAACACGACAUAGAUAUGAUUAAUCACAUAGAGACAAGAGCGGAGUGUCUGUUUGAUCGCACCAUGCUGCCUUUUCUGCUCUCUUAUCUGACAUUUGCCUCAGAGCUGGAUACACUACAGACUGGUGACGAUGAUUUCUGCUCAUCACUUCUUUGUUUGAAAAAAACCCAACUUGAUAUAUCCUUGACUGAGCUUGUCAAGAACGUUCUGGUGAAAGUGUUUCACACAUGAUGAAAUAACUGAAGCUCCUGUGAUCUGUGAACACACCUCUUGUGGAAGGUCCUCCUGUUCAAAGCUGGAUUGGUUUUUAGUUGAUUUCUGUACAGUCAGUUCAGAACACCUGAAAACGGUGGUUUGCGAGUUAGAGAGAGAAACGAUUUUCUGAAAAACAGCAAAAAGCAUUUGGAACGUCACAACAGCCAAAGCUGUCAUGUACUUCUUGCAUGUGCUUCAACGAUUUUUUUUUUUAAAACUCAUUUUCAAAAAUGAUUUAAAGGGACAUCUGUGAUUUUACUGGUCAGAUUGCAAGCGCUCGCAAUAUUUGUGCAACAAAAAAAAAAAAAAAGUUGAGUUGAACUGUCAUUUAACCCUGGUUUGAACAGCAGGUGUAUGGCUAUCUGCUGGCUGAAUGUCUGCUGCUGCUGCUUUAGUUUCCUGUUCAGACAAGUAUCUGGGAUACUGUACAUUUGGUUGGCUAGAAUGGAAAACCGCUUGCAUUUUUCAUUUUCUACUUUAAGUCUGCUGUAACUCAAUAAAUACACAACCAACUGUAAAA